UAUGGUCAGUGUAAUGAGAGUAUGGUUGCCAGACACCUAUGUAAUCUCACAGAUGGCAACAACAAUGCGCUUCAAUAACCAAAACUAAAACAUAUUAACUACUUUGGGAUUAGCUAAACACUUUAAGGAAACAUUAAGAAAAUGUAUUCAGUUUAAUAUAAUCCAUUGUCAUUUUAUUUAUCACUGUCAUUUAUCAAACUCACAUUUUAUUGCAGACUUGGCAACCCUGAACAUUUGGAGACACUCCCACAUGCAGUGACAAUGAGCUACUAUUGGUGUGUGAAUGGUGGGAUGCUUUUUCCUCGGGAAUCUCCAACCCGGGAGAUAAAGGAGCUGAACGGGCUGUGGAGCUUCAGGGCUGAUUUCUCUCAGGACAGGAACGAGGGCUUCAGUAAGAACUGGUAUAAACAACCAUUAGCUGAGACUGGUUCUGUAAUUGAGAUGCCCGUACCCUCUAGCUUCAAUGAUGUCACUCAAGACGCUAAGCUGAGAGAUUUUAUUGGCUGGGUGUGGUACGAGAAGGAGGCAUGGGUCCCUCAGUGCUGGACUCAGGACAAGGACACUAGGAUUAUGCUCAGAGUUGGAAGUGCUCACUAUUAUGCAGUGGUUUGGGUAAAUGGAGUCAAUGUCAUGGAACAUGAGGGUGGUCAUCUUCCCUUUGAAGUGGAUAUCAGCAGUGUGAUCCGGAAAGAUUUGGAAAUGCCAUGUCGAAUCACCAUCGCUGUUAAUAACACUCUGAACCUCCACACUCUCCCACCAGGAUCCAUCCAGUACAUGACCGAUCUCACCAAAUACCCUGCAGGCUACUUCAUACAAAACACCAACUUUGAUUUCUUUAACUUUGCUGGAUUACAUCGCUCUGUGUUGCUGUACACGACUCCAAGGUCUUACAUAGAUGACAUCACUGUGACGACUUCUUUUUCUGACAGCACUGGUAUUGUGAAUUUUAAUGUGGUAGUGGUAGGCAGUGCCAAUCCCAAUGUGAAGGUGGCUCUUACGAAUAAGGACAAAAGAUGCGUGGCCGUGGCUAACGGAUCCUCCGGCGUUCUCAAAGUGCCUGAUGUUAACCUGUGGUGGCCUUAUCUGAUGCACCAGAACCCAGGUUAUCUCUACUCAAUGGAGGUUCAGCUUACAGCAGAAGAUGGGAUGAUUGAUCUGUAUACGUUGCCGGUGGGCAUUCGCACCGUCCAGGUCACCAGCACUCAGUUUCUGAUCAACAAUAAGCCCUUCUACUUCCAUGGUGUCAACAAACACGAGGACGCAGACAUUCGAGGUAAAGGAUUUGACUGGCCUCUUGUUGUAAAGGACUUCAACCUGAUGAAGUGGAUGGGUGCUAACUCAUUCCGCACAAGCCAUUACCCGUAUGCUGAAGAGAUCCUUCAAAUGGCCGACCGCCAUGGUAUCGUGGUUAUAGACGAGUGCCCUGGAGUGGGCAUCAAAGACAUACGCAGCUUUGAUAACACCUCACUGGCCCAUCAUUUGGUGGUAAUGGAGGAGCUGGUAAGGCGGGACAAGAAUCACCCCUCUGUGGUUAUGUGGUCUGUAGCCAAUGAGCCGGCAGCUGAGAUGCCUCCAGCAGGAUAUUAUUUCAAGCAGCUGGUAACUCAUACAAAAUCUCUGGAUUCAACACGCCCUGUGACCUUCAUUACAGACAGUUACUACUCUAGAGACCUGGGUGCUCCCUACGUCGAUGUAAUCUGUGUGAACAGCUACUUCUCCUGGUACCAUGACCCUGGACACCUAGAAGUCAUCUCCAUCCAGUUGCAAACUCAGUUUGACAGCUGGUAUGGAAAAUACAAGAAGCCCAUCAUUCAGAGCGAGUACGGGGCGGAUGCUGUGCCUGGCCUUCACAGUGACCCACCCACCAUGUUCACUGAGGAGUACCAGAAAGCCGUCCUGCACAACUACCACAAAGUGUUUGACCAAAAGAGGAAGGAGUCUGUUGUUGUAGGGGAACUCAUCUGGAACUUUGCUGACUUCCUGACUGCUCAGGAAAUCACCCGAGUGGUGGGCAACAAGAAGGGCAUAUUCACUCGGCAGCGCCAGCCUAAAGCAGGAGCUUUCAUUUUGAGGGAGCGCUACUGGAAGAUCGCCAAUGAGACAGGUGUCCUGCCCACAUGGACAAAAUACCCCUGCCUGUGAUGCCACUCUGGCUGCCUGAUUACCGUUGUGUGUUUGUGCUUACUGGACUGGAAAUGUGAGCAGUUGGGUUCAUACAUGCCAAACGGUGCCUUAUUAUAAUCAAUUACAAGCCAACUUAAAUCAUGGCUAGUGAAAUGGUAAUUCAGGAAAUAUUAAAUCAUAUCAGUUUUAAUACUAGUGGGCAAUAAAGGACUACGUGAAUUUAGGCAAAAUAUAUACAUAUAAAUGGGCAAAUUUUGGCGCCAAGGUGGUGCAGCGGGAUAAUCCUCUAGCACACCAGUGCCAAGAUUCUGAGCUCCUGGGUUCAAAUUUCGGCUCUGCUACUGGUCGGCUGGGCAUUCUCUAGCAGGCAUAAUUGGCUAAUUGGCAGACAAAAUUGGCCUCCAGUCUGCUGGGUGAAUAAGAAGGGAUUGGUGGACUCUGCACUUGUCAGGUGAAUAUACACCCUCCUUGGACGCCAUCGGGGUCCCCAGCAGCGGAUUGGCUUCACUAAAUUGGGAGAAAGAGGGGGUAAAAUGCAUUAAAAAAAUAAGUAAAUGGCCAAAUUUUGUAGGUCAGUGAUGCUCGAAGGGUGACAACACUAAUCAAUCACUUUAGAUGUUUGUGAUUUGCUAGAUUCAUGCUGAUUACAUCAAUCAGAUUCACAAACAAGAGUCACCAACUGACUCCCAUUUUCCCCCACAAAGCAAAGAUGAAUUUUUGCAAUAUCUUACGUUGUUUUACUAUUAUUCCCAGGGAUUGUGCAUAUGAGAAGACACUAACUGCCCACGUCCACACACACGAGUUCAAAGAUGCCUGAGAUUCUCUGGUGUUACAUGAUUGAUAGAGACGGGAAUGAGCACAGCCAAUCCCAGCUACACAUGGCUCAUGGCAUAGACAGUGCAUUACUCGUCCCCGCCGAUCGAUAAAAUGCUUUUCUAUUCCAUCAUUUUAAGAGCUACAACAGUGGCCAGUCUUUAAGCUGCCAACAAAAUCAAGCUUUUGUUUGUAUAAUAAUCUUUAAAACAAAGUAACCAAAUUGUGACAGACCAAAUUUAGGCUUAACAGUUAUAGAAACAUAGAAAUAAAUUUACUGUUACCAAUCCACUCCUGAAAAAGGAAUUAAAAAGGGAUACUUGAUUAAUGUAUAAUUUGUAGAGUCAAAUCACAGAAGUCAAAAAUCCUCUGAGGUUGUCGACCUUGCCCAGUUUCUUUGCUUUGGUUUUAGUAAGACAAUGAAGCUUGUCUGUUUCCUUCUUCUUACAGACAUUUUCAAAUCUGCUGUUUUUGUGACAUUACAGACGUCUCCAACAUUCCUCCAUGAUCACAGAAAAAUCUUUUGAACUUUUAUAAAAACACAGAGGGUCAGAUCUCAAAUAAAUAGUUCUUAUGUA